AUGUCCUGCGUCCCAACACAGAAGCCCUUGAAUGAGAUAGAGUUGCUGGUGCAGGAGCUGCAACUACGCAUGACGCGAGCUGUCGAGGCCAGUCCUCGCCUGUACGCAGCCCUCAAGGAGCCGCGUGUCCUCUAUGCGAUACUGGCGGAGUUUUUCGCGUCGCAACUCGAGCAGGCACGACGUUCGAAACAUGUGGCACUUGAAGCAGCGGAUGUGCGGCGAGUAUGGGUCUUCUGCUUGCAGGAGCUCGCGUUCUUGUGCGCGACGCAUGACACGAACGCCGCCACCUCGUCGAGUGCACUGUCGCUCUACGACUUUGUCCACGGCGCACCGUCUCUGCCGCUUGAGGCUCUGCAGCGCGGCGCCCCAGUUGUAGAGGCGAAUUCCGUUGCGCGUGCCCCGUCUGCCGCCGCUAUGUCGUCAUCGCCGUGCACAGCGAGGAGCGAAGCGAGUCGCACCUCUGUCUUUUCUAUUCUUCAAUCAGGCUUUGCGGGAAUGAUGGACUUGGCGUACGUGGCCGAUCAACGCCUGCAGCGUCCCUCGUCAUCGGGAGCAAUCUCGGUGGUGUCGCUGGCCGCCCUUGCUGCUUCUCUCGUCCCGACACUGGAUCGAGUGCAGGCAGUGCGGUUGACAGCGCAGAUCGCGGAUGACGUCGUCGAUAGUCGCAUCACUUCCAGUGACGGGUCAGCCAUGCCACCGUGCUCGAGGUCCGCUGUGGCGACACUCUUGGCUGGCGUGUGGCACAUAUGGGGGGUGUUGGACGCCGCGCACUCGCCAACGCUCCACUCGCUGGGACAGUGUCUUUUUCAGCAGUUUGCCACCCCCGCGCAUUUGCGGCUGGCGCCUACUGUAUCGCCGGUGUCCUUCGCGGCCUGGUUGCAACGUGCGCUGCGAGAAAACAACGGUGGUCUGCAUCAGCAGCUGUACGCAGAUGCCGAAGGGAGUACGUCAGCAGCGAAAACAAGUACUGGAGAAGUCGAUGCUGUUGUCACACGCGCGACUGAAGACCAUAACACGGCGGCGGUGGCGGAGGACGUUGCUACUGUCUCGGACUUCUGGGCAAGGCUUGCAAGCUAA